CUAUAGCUAUUAGGAUUCUACCAGAGUGUUGUGUUUAGGGUUUCUUCGGGGUUCGAAUCAAAUGGCGGAGGAGAGAUUCACGGGUGUGGUGCAAUGGUUCAACAAUGUCAAAGGCUUCGGUUUCAUCAAACCCGAUGACGGUGGUGAAGAUCUCUUCGUUCAUCAAUCUUCCAUCAGAUCCGACGGCUUCCGCACUCUUCUAGAUGGAGACAACGUCGAGUUCGCCAUCGCUACCGGCGACAACGACAAAACCAAAGCUGUCGAUGUCACCGGCCUUAACGGCGCUCCUCUUCAGUCCAGACAGGACAACUACGGCGGAGGAGGCGGUGGUCGAGGAUUCGGCGGCGGAUUUAGAGGCAACGACAGGAGGAACGGCGGCGCCGGUGCUGGUGGUGCUGGAUGUUACAACUGCGGUGAUACUGGUCACAUCGCUAGGGAAUGCAACCGGAGUAAUAACUCGGGCGGUGGUGGAGGUGGAGGCGGCGCUUGUUAUACUUGCGGCGCGUUCGGCCACAUCGCGAGAGAUUGCAUGCGUGGAGGAAACAACGGUGGUGGAAUCGGCGGUGGAAUCGGAGGCACAUCUUGUUACAGAUGCGGCGGGAUCGGACACAUAGCGAGAGAUUGCGCUACUGCGAGAGUUGGAAGCGGCGGUGGUGGCUGUUAUAAGUGCGGCGAAGUCGGUCACAUAGCUAGGGACUGCAGCAUUGAAGGAGGAAGGUUUGAAGGCGGAAGAUUUGGUGGCAACAACAACAGCGGCGGCGGUGGCAAUGGAGGAAAGAAUACGUGCUUUAACUGUGGAAAGCCAGGACAUUUUGCAAGGGAGUGCGUUGAAGCUUCUGGUUGAAGGGAAAAGGUUGAAUAGUACAUAUUCUCUUUUUUUCUUUUUUGCACAUUUUAACUGAUUAUUAGUAUUUCUCUUUAUAUAUUAUUAUUCUUAUAAUUUUGGGUAAGCAAAGUUAUACUACAUAGGAUGCUAUGGUGAUGAUGACUGGUUUUUGUUUUUGGUUCUGACUCUGUUACUGGUUCACAGCCAAUUUGGCUUUCUUUUAUGGUUGAUUUGAAUUUGAAUUUUCAUAACCGAUGAUGCCCUAUUAACCCUAUUUAUGAUUAAUUAA